CAACCUGGAGUUCACCAUUUUGUUUUUUCUUCAUCUUCUAGUCAUUGCGCGCGUCCAUUGACCAUCAAGCUUCUUAUACUUGCUCUCUAAAGCUGGACCAACACGUCUAUAGCCCCAUCUUUGCCGUUGCGGGAAUCCAUAUACGAUCAUGCCGCCCCCAAGCAUCUCCAAGGACCUCCAGACAGGUCUCAACCCUAUGAGCCCUCAGAUAGCUCGCAGAGUCAGGGAAACUAUGGAAACUCCACGGCGAAAGAGUACAGCUGGCCGGAUUGCUGGAACUCCAACUCGCAGCUUUGCUGACCGUCUUCAUGUUCACGGUCGCACACCGACCCGUCCUUCAGCUGGAGGUGCUUCACCGUCCGUCGCCCAUACCCGCUCUCCGCGCAGCUAUAAUGCUACUGGAUUAGGGCAUUCACCACGAUCGUCUGUUAUAAGUGGGAGAAAUGCAGAGAACUUUAUUAAGCAGCGAUUGGGCGUCGCGGCUGUCAGUCCGAGUGGUGGUGGCAAAAGGGGAAAAGCAAAAGAAAGGAUGUAUGACCGAUUUGUGCCAAGUCAAGACGCUAUCGAUCGAGCAUCCUCACAGUUCAAUAUUCGAGACACCACAGAUCGGCAAAAGCUGAAAACUUUGGAUCCGGACACUUUAGCAUACCAAGAGCAGGUCGCUAAAGCGUGCGGCGUGGCUCUAGAUAAGCGCAUUUUAGCGUUCAAUGCAGAACCUCCAGCAGCCCAGCGGCAAGAUUUUCGCACAUCCUGGAGUAGACCACUCCGCAAACCCAACUCUACCGUUGCAGCAAGGCGCGUGAAAUCGGAACCGGAGAAGGUUUUGGAUGCUCCAGGGCUCUCUGACGAUUUCUACUUGAAUUUGAUCGACUGGUCGGCGAACAAUAUGUUAGCAAUCGCUCUUGACAAUACCGUAUAUCUUUGGAACGGCAAUACGGGUAAAACAGCGCCACUUUGCUCGGUAACCCGGGAGGAUACAUACGUGGCAUCUCUACAAUGGGCACCCGACGGAAGUCAUUUGGCAGUGGGUCUGAGCGAGGGUGAUAUAGAAAUAUGGAGCCUCGAAAGUUUGAAAAAGAUGCGAACCAUGCGAGGAAGGGCUAGCAGGGUUGGUGUUCUUGCCUGGGAUACCAAUGUACUCUCCUCGGGCGCCCGCGAUGGCAGUAUUUGGAAUCAUGAUGUGCGUUUGGCUAAUCAUCGGGUGGCCUCUUUGCUAUCUCACGAGUCCGAUGUCUGUGGGCUGAAGUGGAGGCCGGAUGGACAGUUCCUGGCAAGUGGAGGAAAUGACAAUCAGGUUGUCAUAUGGGAUGCUAGAUCGAGUCUUCCUAAGUUCACAAAGGCAGAGCAUACCGCUGCAGUAAAGGCGCUUGCAUGGUGUCCAUGGCAGUUGAACACUCUGGCGACAGGAGGAGGUUCCCACGACCGUACAGUUCACUUUUGGAACGUUUCCACCACUGGAAAAAUUGCCUCGGUUGACACUGGGUCUCAAGUCACGUCCAUCUUGUGGUCUCUGGAAUAUAAGGAAUUUUUCACAUCUCAUGGAUUUCCCAACAAUCACCUUUCAAUAUGGAAAUAUCCGUCACUGACCAAGAUUGGUGAUUUGGAAGGCCAUGAUGCUCGUGUUCUUCACACAGCCUUAAGCCCUGAUGGUCAAACGGUAGCGACCGGCGCAAGCGAUGAGAACCUCAAGUUUUGGAAAAUUUGGGAGGCCAAGAAAAAGGGCGGAAAGUGUGGAAAAUCUGUUGGAGAGAAAGACGUUGAGGAUGAGUUGGUUAAUGCGUACAGGAGAAUGGCGAUCAGAUGAUAUGCCCUUUAGCUCUAGAGUAGGAAGGCGACAGUUGAACUUUAUUGUUGUAUGAUUGGAACGAUCGAGUGGUAUCUAUUUGAACACACACAUGUAAAUAAAUAUUUGAACCAUAACGUGAAGCAGGAUGGAAU